AUGACGAGGGGGCUGCCUGUGGAGCUCAGCUCAGAGUGCUUGCGUAGCAUGGUGCGAAGUCCUGGGUUCGAGUCUCAGCACCACAUAAAACUGGACUGGGGGUACAGGCUCCUUAGGCCACGGGAAACUGAGGCCGAAGGAGCGGCCGCGCAGGCGACCAGGGUGCGCCCUACGAUCCGAAUCCGGAACCGCUUCUCGUUCGGCCAGAAGCGUCAGGUUCUCAGGGUCGCGGGGCUCGGAGGCGACUUCCGCCCAGCGCUGACCUCCAGGACGAGCUGCAGCCGGUACCGCCUCCCUUCCGACGGGCCGGCCGGACGGCUCGGGUCUCCUCCGGGCCCCGGCCGCCGCGCUCGCACAGGACUCCGUCGGGGAGCGCCCCGGGGGAGCAGCCGGGGCCUCCGGGCUGCUCCUCGGCGGGUCGGGGUGCCCAGCGCGCGGGAUGCACGGCCCGGCGCUGGCUCCUGCCUCACGUGUGACCUUGGUCAAGUCGCGCGAUUGCUGGAGUUGGAGAGACCCGGGUUCGAGUCCCGGGAAGACAAGCUUUUUCACUCUGUGACCUUGGGUGUGGGCAAGAGCAGCUUGCUGUUACGAUUUGCAGACAACACCUUCUCAGGCAGCUACAUCACCACAAUCGGAGUGGAUUUCAAGAUUCGGACUGUGGAGAUCAAUGGGGAGAAGGUGAAGCUGCAGAUCUGGGACACAGCGGGGCAGGAGCGCUUCCGUACCAUCACCUCUACGUAUUAUCGGGGGACCCAUGGGGUCAUUGUGGUUUACGACGUCACUAGUGCUGAGUCCUUUGUCAAUGUCAAGCGAUGGCUUCAUGAAAUCAACCAGAACUGUGACGAUGUGUGCCGAAUAUUAGUGGGCAAUAAGAAUGACGACCCUGAGCGGAAGGUGGUGGAGACGGAAGAUGCCUACAAAUUUGCUGGGCAGAUGGGGAUCCAGCUCUUUGAGACCAGUGCCAAGGAGAAUUUGAAUGUGGAAGAGAUGUUCAACUGCAUCACAGAGCUGGUUCUACGAGCAAAGAAAGACAACUUGGCGAAACAGCAGCAGCAGCAACAGAACGAUGUGGUGAAGCUCACGAAAAACAGUAAACGAAAGAAACGCUGCUGCUAAUGUCCCAGCCACUGCAGAGACUGCAACUGCAUCCCUCCCAGCCCGAGGCUCUUGGAGGCUCCUCGGGGACAGUCUCAGUUUAGUGCCGUUAUUUAAAGAAUUCUCUCCACGUUUUUUGUACUGGGAGGCGCCAUCGGCACUUCCUGCCUCUUUCCCCUUGAGUGCCAAGAAGGUGUUGGAGGAACCUGCCCUUCCCCACUGGUGCCGACUCCCUGCUGAGGCGCCUGGACCUGGUGAGGACGCUGCCAGCUGAGUGGACUGAUUAACCAGUUUGUACAUAGUGUAUAUUGCAUUAACCAGCUGCACACCCUCAGCCUGCUGCUCUGGCUUUUGCCUCCUUCCUGCCAACCUGCUGCAACAGACCCUCCCAAGCCUUCCCAUCCCAUCUCGACGGCAGCUUCCUGAGGAGUCAGUCUCAUGUCCUAGCUGAGUCGUUGGCCAGCCUGGGCCCAUGGAGUGUACUCUGCAUGGGUCUUGCCCCACAGCUGCUCUGGGAGCUGGGGAACCUGGCGUCCACUCAGGCCCUGCCCUUGGCUGGACCUAGGCCAUCAGUUCCACAGAGAAAGUCAGUUCUGCCCUUUUAGCCAACAGGUUUCUCAUUCUGCCUUCCAGAUGCCUCUGCUACAAACCCAGGGGAGCCAUGGCUUCUCACUUACCCAACAUGUCUCAGUACCAGCAGAAAGAUAGCCGGGGACCUUUGUUCAGAGCUGGAGCUUGCAAGGGGAUCAUUAACAUAAAGCCAAAUGAAGCCAAAUCAAAUGAAUUAAGUUCCCCAGUUAUUUCCUCGAGACCUGAUUGGCUCAAUAGCCAAAGUUGUGACUGUUCCACUUUGGGUUCAGUGUUUUUAGAAAAAGUGUAUGGUUUCUGUCAUUGUGGGUUAGGCUCUUUCCCUUUCGUGGGAAAAGGGGGCUUUGCACCCUUGUUCUGUAUAUGCAAGGGCCUCUCACUGGAGCUGGUUUCUGAGGUAGCACCAGGCACCUCUGGCACUUCCGGAGUUGCUGGACAAUGGGACGACACCUCCAGGCUAGGAUAGGCAGCUCUGCAUUACUGACAGACCUGUUUUAGUAUGAGGAUGGUAGGAAGAUUUCUUAGCCACUGGGAAGAAGUGGCAGUGGGGUGGGGGCAGCUAGUCUUAACCUGCCCACCCCAGUCCCCUGGAGUAAAAACCAGGGUAAUCUACAUUUGAUUACCUCCCCUCCCUUUCCCCUAGAGGAUCAUGUAACUGGGAAGAACUGAUUGGACACCAUAAUGCGUUUUAUUAGAUUUUCUUUCCAAGGCAACUUCCAGGCACAGUCCUGACUGGACAAUCAUCACAGAUUACUGCAGAUUUCCCAUAGUAACACUGUGGAUGGGUUUUUAAUCAAUAAAACUGGGGCUUUCUUCUCACCUGUCUCUCCACUUGUCCAAACCGUCAAAGCUGGGGUUCUGUGCGACAGGCCUGUGUUUCUGAGCGUCAGGCUGUGUUGGGGCUGUGGGCCUAGGAAGGUAGGUGCUGUGGAGGGCACUUCAGGGCCAAGCAGUACGUGGCUCCAUCUGAUCCAGGUGAGCUGGGAGUUGAGGCAAUUUUAGGACUGUCUUGGCUGACGGAGGGGGGUGGGAUGGGCAGAAGGUGUCACACGCUUCGGAGCAUGUGGGAACCAGUAUGAAGGUGUUUGCCAAUUCAAGCAAUAAGAGGGUGAUCUUGGAGCAUCCGGCCCAAGUUAGGUGCCUCUGUGGCUUCUGGCCUGUUAAGGCCCAGGUGAUGGGUGAUUUUGGUGACAACAGUGUGCCUGUCCCACAGAGUGUUCGAUGCAUGAGUGGGGUAGGGUGGGGAUAAGGGUGGGGGUAGGGACUCAGGGCUAAACUGGUGUCCUGGUGGACCUGAUGUGAAACUCCUGUCAAACAACAAACUUUUAAAGGUUUGCUAGGAUUAUUUCUGUAUUGAAAGUUUCUAAUUAUGCUUUUUAAAAAAACUACUAAAAAUAAAGGUUCAAGCUGCCAAAUUUCUC